AUGUCGUCCUUAUUUUCCUCAGUUGUCCCCGGUUUUUUCCAUUCCACUAAUAUCGCCGACCCGGUCGCCAUCUUCGCCGCCAAGCGCAAGUACAAACCGGUUGCACAGAAAACACGACCAGUCUUGGCCGACCUCCCCGAAAAGUUCCGAAUCGUUCGGAACAUCUUUGGUGACCCUCUCGCUACCCUUCCGACGCUGACACCGAACCCCCCACCCUUCACGCCGACCGGCAGAUACACAGCCGAACGACGCGACCUCAUCGACAAAGUCCACUCAGACGACUUCCUUUGGCCCGCCGAACGACAGCUCAUGCACCAUUUCAUGUGUCUACAAGAGAUGGGAUUUGCCUGGGACGAUUCGGAACGCGGACGUUUCCGCAAGGACUUCUUCCCACCAGUCAAUAUGCCAGUAGUCGAGCACAAGCCCUGGGUUCAGCGCAACAUUCCGAUUCCACCAGGCAUCUACGACGAAGUGUGCCGACUUAUCAAAACCAAGAUCGCCGCUAGAGUCUAUGAGCCGUCGAAUUCGUCCUACCAAUCGCGCUGGUUUACAGUCGUCAAGAAGACGAAUAGCACCUCCACUGGCACCAAACUCCGAAUCGUUCACAGCCUCGAACCCCUGAACGCCGUCACCAUCCAGCAUUCAGGUGUGCCCCCAUAUACCGAUCAGAUCGCUGAACAGUUUGCAGCUCGCGCUUGUGGCGGCAUUCUGGAUCUCUAUGUCGGCUAUGACGAAUGA